UUCAAUAUGACGUCGGUCCACCCUUUGCAGCUAUAACAGCUUCAACUCUUCUGGGAAGGCUGUCCACAAGGUUUAGGAGUGUGUUUAUGGGAAUUUUUGACCAUUCUUCCAGAAGCGCAUUUGUGAGGUCACACACUGAUGUUGGACGAGAAGGCCUGGCUCUCAGUCUCCACUCUAAUUCAUCCCAAAGGUGUUCUAUCGGGUUGAGGUCAGGACUCUGUGCAGGCCAGUCAAGUUCAUCCACACCAGACUCUGUCAUCCAUGUCUUUAUGGACCUUGCUUUGUGCACUGGUUCACAGUCAUGUUGGAAGAGGAAGGGGCCAGCUCCAAACUGUUCCCACAAAGUUGGGAGCAUGGAAUUGUCCAAAAUGUCUUGGUAUGCUGAAGCAUUCAGAGUUCCUUUCACUGGAACUAAGGGGCCAAGCCCAGCUCCUGAAAAACAACCCCACACCAUAAUCCCCCCUCCACCAAACUUUACACUUGGCACAAUGCAGUCAGACAAGUACCGUUCUCCUGGCAACCGCCAAACCCAGACUCGUCCAUCAGAUUGCCAGAUGGAGAAGCGCGAUUCGUCACUCCAGAGAAUGCGUCUCCACUGCUCUAGAGUCCAGUGGCGGCGUGCUUUACACCACUGCAUCCGACGCUUUGCAUUGCACUUGGUGAUGUAUGGCUUGGAUGCAGCUGCUCGGCCAUGGAAACCCAUUCCAUGAAGCUCUCUGCGCACUGUUCUUGAGCUAAUCUGAAGGCCACAUGAAGUUUGGAGGUCUGUAGCGACUGACUCUGCAGAAAGUUGGCGACCUCUUCGCACUAUGCGCCUCAGCAUCCGCUGACCCCGCUCCGUCAGUUUACGUGGCCUACCACUUCGUGGCUGAGUUGCUGUCGUUCCCAAACACUUCCACGUUCUUAUAAUACAGCUGACAGUUGACUGUGGAAUAUUUAGGAGCGAGGAAAUUUCACGACUGGAUUUGUUGCACAGGUGGCAUCCUAUCACAGUUCCACGCUGGAAUUCACUGAGCUCCUGAGAGCGACCCAUUCUUUCACAAAUGUUUGUAAAAACAGUCUGCAUGCCUAGGUGCUUGAUUUUAUACACCUGUGGCCAUGGAAGUGAUUGGAACACCUGAUUCUGAUUAUUUGGAUGGGUGAGCGAAUACUUUUGGCAAUAUAGUGUAUAUUAAUAAAAAAGUAGCUCAAAAUGGAGUCGAAAAUAACUGCCUGAAAUUCCUCCUGCUUCCUACUUAUAAAUUCCUCUCUCAAGUGAUAAAGUUUAAUGAAGUUUGGCUUGUAAAGGUUUCCCUAUGCUGCCCAUAUUCAAAAAUCUCUUCAGAGACACCUGAUAUCUUCAACUUGACCAGUUCCACACUUGUCUGUGUUUCUUUAUUCGGUUCUCAUGAAAGCAGGCCUUUCUAUGUGGCAUAAAAUCUAAAGGUCAUCCCCUGCUCUAAAUGCAGACCCACAUCCGGCCACUCGGUCAAUACCCUGCCACAAUAAGCACUCUGGAGCUGCAGUGGACAUUGAUCAGGUCAGGUGCCAAUACUAAAGCUUUUCUGCUAUGCUGUAAUUUAUUAGCCAUGUUAAACAGUUAAGGUCUUUCCUUUCGUUUUUGUUGUUGUGAUGUGUAAAAAGAUGGAGACGGUUUGAUUUGUUAAUUUGUUGAGCUCUUCUCGCUGCUGGGGUGAGGUGAUUGAUCAGCUCUCAGUUUGGAGAAUGACUCUGUGAGGACCACAGUGCUGAUACUCGCACACAAACAGACUCUAAAACGGCAAAGGAUUCACUUAAAUCCUGAAAACAACACAAACCAAGGAAAAGACACGCUAUUCCGGUUUGGUGUGCUGAGCUCUCCUGCUAACGCUGACCAGAUGAAGUGUGGAGUCGCCAACCGCUUCCCAGCUUUCUCCCUCAGCUUUAGCCGUCCCAGACGUUCGAUCUCCAGGAGUUCGCCCCCAAACAUUGAGCUUGUCACCAUCCCCAAGACACUGUCUCUGGGCACUAAUGCGUUCCCUGAGUAUCAGCUCCAGACUCCUGACGUCCAUAAGUGGAUCAUGCUACACUACAGUCCCUUUAAAGCAGCAUGGGAUUGGGUUAUCCUGCUGCUGGUGCUCUACACUGCAAUCUUCACCCCUUACUCAGCGGCGUUCCUGCUUAACGAGUUGGCAGAAAAAAAGCAGCACAUCUGCAGUUACACCUGCAACCCACUCAACAUCGUGGAUGCUGUUGUGGAUGUUCUGUUCAUGGUGGACAUUGUGAUCAGCUUUCGCACCACAUACGUCAAUCAAAAUGAUGAGGUUGUAACGCAUCCCAAGCGCAUUGCCAUCCAUUAUAUUAAAGGAUGGUUUCUUAUUGACAUGGUGGCUGCCCUUCCAUUUGACCUGCUCAUCUUUAAAUCUGGGUCAGAUGAGACAACAACCACUCUGAUUGGUCUCCUGAAAACUGCACGACUGCUUCGAUUGGUCCGUGUGGCCCGGAAGUUAGAUCGGUACUCAGAGUAUGGAGCUGCAGUCCUAUUCUUGCUCAUGUGUACAUUUGUGCUCAUCGCUCAUUGGCUGGCGUGCAUCUGGUAUGCUAUUGGCCAUGUAGAGAGGCCCUACAUGAAAACAGGUUGGCUGGAUAACCUGGCUGAUCAACUGGGGAAGUAUUAUAAUGACAGUGAUGCCACUUCAGGUCCUUCUAUAAAGGAUAUGUAUGUCACUGCCCUGUAUUUCACCUUCAGCAGCCUGACCAGUGUGGGUUUUGGGAAUGUUUCACCAAAUACCAACUCUGAAAAGAUAUUCUCCAUCUGUGUCAUGCUUAUUGGGUCCCUUAUGUAUGCCAGCAUAUUUGGGAAUGUCUCAGCAAUCAUACAGCGUCUUUAUUCUGGAACCACCCGCUACCACACGCAGUUGCUGAGGGUCAAAGAGUUUAUCCGUUUCCACCAAAUACCGCCAGGCCUGAGGCAGAGGCUGGAGGAGUAUUUCCAGCAUGCUUGGUCCUACACCAAUGGCAUUGAUAUGAAUGCAGUUUUGAAAGGUUUUCCUGAAUGCUUACAGGCUGAUAUUUGUCUGCACUUGAACCGCAACCUGCUACAGAACUGCAAGGCCUUCAAAGGGGCCAGUAAAGCCUGCCUGAGAGCCCUUGCCAUGCGUUUAAAAACCACUCACUCCCCACCAGGGGACACUCUCUACCAUCAUGGCGAUAUUCUCCAUACCCUGUACUUUAUCUCCCAUGGCUCAAUUCAGGUGUCCUGUAAUGAUGUUGUGCUUGCUAUACUGGGCAAGAACAAUAUUUUUGGUGAGCCCAUUAACUUGUACACAGAACCUGGCCACUGCAACGCUGAUGUGAGGACACUCACCUAUUCUGAUCUCCAUCAAAUUCAAAGAGAUGAUCUCUUGGAAGUCCUAGAUAUGUACCCAGACUUUGCUGAAAGUUUCUGGAGGAAUCUGGAGAUUACCUUCAACCUCAGAGAAGUAGAUCAGGUACUUCAUACUUUACACAAUGAAGAUAAUGGCUGCCAUUACCAUAUUAAUCACCCAAGAUGUCAAAGAAACUCACUGGAGAGACGCAACAGGCCAGAUGGAAUGGAUCAAGAUGAUUCCUAUUCAGUUCAAACGUGUACCGGCCUGGGUCAUCACUGCUUUGCUGGCACUCACACUCACUGGGAUGAGCAGUGUAGCUGUGGCUCCUCCAGAACUCAAUCUAGUGAGAACAUCAGCAAACUACCUUUUUCCCACAGCCAGGUAUAUACCCCUGAAAGAAACCCCCAGGAUUACCCUCCAUCUGCCCUACGGGUGAUUCCACCCAACAGCAAAACUGGGAUGGGCAUAGAGCCUGGCAUGGACAGAGGAGCUCAUUUUUCUGGAUUGUACCAUUACUGGCCCGAUCGUUUGCCCACUCAGUAUGCAGGACGUUCUUGCAGAUCCUCUUCCAUCCAAGCCUCAAAUCACCCAACGCCAUUUGCAGAAGAAUGUCCCAGUGAGCUUGAGUCCAGACUUGAGUUACUGCAAAGUCAGCUAAACAGACUGGAGGCAAGAAUGACUGCAGACAUUAAUGUGAUUCUUCAGCUCCUCCAGCGACAGAUUACACCUGUACCCCCGGCAUACAGCUCUGUAUCACCUGGUAGCCACUGCCCAGACCCCUCAAUCCUGUAUGGCAGUAGUGGACCAGUGCUAUACAACCUAUACCCCAUUCAAAUGGAGAGCAGGACUACCAUGAUCCAGAGCACGAGCAGGCCUGAUCCAGAGUUCAUACCAAAUUCUUUGGAUUCCCAGCUAAGCAGCAUCCAUAUGAUGACAGCAGAAAAGAAUGAACACAGCAUCAGACAUAGCUUAAAGACACCACCUGAUGUGACCCCCACCUUUCAAACAGCACCCCAUGUGAUGGAUACAACACGACUUCAUGCUUCCCUAAGGUUCUCCUCACUUCCGGGUAAUUUAGAUUCCUCACUUACCCUGGCUGAAAUCCAGAAACAUGUAUCCGACCCUGUCUUAACCAUUAACUCCAGACUGCCUAGAAAAUAAUUUCCUAAUUCAACAAAUUUAAUGCCAGUUGAGCUUUCUCUGAGGUUUCUCUUUAAUAUCUUUAAGAGAUGUGUGUUCAGGGUUUGGAUUAGAACGCUGGAGAAAAACAAAUGACUCUGGGUUUCAUCAGAAUGUAAGGGAAUAUGAGGUGGACAGGAGAAUAGGUACACAAUGCAAUAUAUAUCUGAGCUUGAAUCUGUGCAGAAAGUAUAAAGUAGUCCACCCUCACCAUUUUCAGCCUGUUAACUAGCCAUCCACAGGGAACAGCAUGAGAUCAGUCCAGGCUUGAAACAAUAUGUUGGAAACUGACCAAGGACUGCUUAGCAUGACAAGCUGAACAGUGUGUGUAUACAAGAAUUAAAAUCCAGUUUGCUUUCAUUCCAAAGAAGAGACUGAGAAACUGAAACUGCUAAUCUGAGACUGCUUUAGGCUCGAUGUGGAUCAUCAGACAGCAGCUAUCAGUUACAUAUGCUAACUCAAUUAACUAGCUAGAUAGUUUAGUUAUGUUGUGUGCUGUAUUAUUGAGGUCAGAUAUGUUUUUCUUCAUUCCUUCCUUUUCAUUUCUUUCAAGUUUACUAAAUUAAUUAAACUACAUAAACUGUGUAACUAGUUUUAUAAUAUUAUUAAUAAUGUAAACGUUUUCUGUCCUCUCUUUCUUUCCCUUAUGUCUUACUUUUCUUUUUUAUUUGUCUUUCUUUUCUUAAGUUUAUUAAAUUAACUAAAUUACGUAACUAGACAGUUUUGUAAUAUUCUUAUUAAUGUUAAUGGUUUCUUUAUUUCCCUUAUGUCUUACUUUUCUUUUUUAUUUCUUUCAUUUUGUCUUUCUUUUCUUAAGUUUAUUAAAUUAACUAAAUUACGUAACUAGACAGUUUUGUAAUAUUCUUAUUAAUGUUAAUGGUUUCUUUCUUUCCUCCUUUUCCUUGUGUCUUGCAUUUCUUUUUAUUUCUCCUUCAUUUUGUCUUUCUUUUCUUAAUUCUACUAAUUUAACUAAAUUGCAUAGCUUGACGUUUUGUAACGUUGUCUGCUAUAAUGGUUGCUGAAAAGUUUUUCCUUCUGAAUUUCUUCUUACUGUCUUAUUUCCUUUACAUCUUUCAUUUGCUUCCUUCUUAUCUCUGCAUUCCUUUCAAUCACAGCCUUAGUCUUAAUUUUCAUUCCUAUGUUUCAAAGAAAGGGUUAAAAUGUUAAAGAAAGACAAUAGAUACACAUCACAAAAAAAAAAAAAAAAUCCAUUUAGACCUAAAAGUUAUUCAUAAUAUACAAAUAUAUUUUCUU